AUGGAGCGGGACGUCGGAGCUCAAGCCCAGGAGCAGCAGCAGCAGCAGCAGGAGGAGGAGACACUGGCGCAGCUGUUCCAGCAGAUGCGACUGCAGGACGCCACGGAGGCCAUGCGCGCGUGGGACUCGGGCAAGCUGCAGGUGGAGCUGGCGCUGGCCUUCGCGUCCGUGGCCCACGCGCCCUCGAGCUUCCUGCAGUGUCUGCAGCUCUACGGCCAGCUGCCGGGCAAGGAACUGCCGAACGCGGCGCAGUGGGUCGAGACGGCCGUGGGCUGCAUCAAGGCGAGCGCCGACCCGCAGAUCUCGCAGGCCGACAGCGCCCUGGCCGGCUCCAUGCUGCCGGCCUUCAAGCGCUCGCGGAUGCCGUUCGUGGCCGACUUCGCGCUGGCCUACAGAGUGGACGCGGAGGCGCUCACGGCCUUCUGCCGCCUGCUUAUCAAGAUCCGCGUGGGGCUGGCCGCCCACUUCAUGGACUGCCUCAAGAUGAAGCACCUGCUGCCGACCGAGCAGGUGCUGGAGGCCGUCAUCAAGCAGAAGGACUUCCGCACGGGCGACAUGUUCGUCAAGGGCCAGCGGGACAAGCAGCAGCAAUUCGUGCAGAUGCUCAUCGACCGCAACGUGCAGGACAAAAUCAUCAAGAAGCGGCUCUCGCUCUUCAAGCUCAAGGCAAGCGCCUUCCCAGUCUACUUCGACCGUAGAAGGCAGAAAGCCACGCUGCGGUUCCUCGUCUACUCCAAGGAAUACGAGCAAGCGCUGCAGUUUGUCGAGAGCUCCGAGGACCUCAAGCUGUACGCGUGCAAGAUGAUCAUCCGGCACGCUGGCCCUAAAGAUCCCGCCACCAAGCAGUUUGUUUUCCGGGCAGGACUGGCGGAACAGUUUCUGGAGGUAGACACCAGCGCAGAAGACGGCAAGAGUUUCAAGGAUAACGACGAUUUGGCCCCUCUUGACACGUGCCUAUCGCUAGUUGACACCAUCGGUGAAGCCAACAUUAUCUUCGUGGACACUCCGGCGGCGUUGCAGGCGUGUGUCGACCACCUUGUGACACAGCCCGCGAUUGGAUUCGACUCGGAGUGGAAGGCCGUGCACAUUUCAGCCGACCCUGUGGACGCUCCAGCGAAGUGCGCGCUCAUGCAGCUGGCCUCUCGCGAGAAGGCGUUUGUGGUGGAUGUGCUCGCGCUCUACGACCACGGACACAUCUUGGCCCCUCUGUUCCAGUCGGACUCUGUGGUAAAGUUGGGCUUCGACACGAGGGGCGACGUGAAGGCGCUCCGGCCAUUUCUAUCAGGAGGGUAUGCCACGGAGCACGUCAUGUCGAUGCUGGUAGAUCUGCAGGCUGUCACGAAGAAGCUUCCGGUAGUGAAGAGCGCCGCUGUCUCUGAUGACAAGUCGAGGUCCAGCGACGGCGAGGGUGACAACAGCAACGGCAGCGCGGACAACAGCCCCGCAGCGAACAGCGAGGCGUCCGGAUCCGACUCAAAGCCGAGGAAGUGGAAGAAGAAGCGCAGCAAGACUGACGAGCAGGACGCGCCCGCCAAGUCCUCUCGCCUGGGGCUCACAGCCAUCGCAGAGACGUACUUGGGUCUGCCUCUGGACAAGCGAGCGCGCAUGUCGGACUGGGAGCGCCGCCCACUCACGCCAGCUCAGCUGCAGUACGCCGCGCUGGACGCCCACGUGCUGGUCCAGAUCUACUACAAAAUGCAGGAGCAGCAUCCGGCCGACGCGUUCGAGGCCGUCUUCAAAAGGUGCACGCAGAAGCACGUCAAGUAG